UUUCAGGAACUGAUGUGCUUUCAAUUGAUGGGUCAUUAUGCUGCUGCACCUGUGCAGUGUUAAGAACUUGUACCAAAACAGGUUUCUAGGCCUGGCAGCAAUGGCAUCACCAUCCAGGAGUUCUCAGAACAGACGUCGAUGUAAAGAUCCAAUGCGAUAUAGCUACAACCCUGAGCAGUUUCAUAAUGUUGGUGUCCGGAAUCAAACCCAUGAAGCCAUCACCAUGCCAAGGUCUAACAGUGACACAGACCUGGUUACCUCAGAUAGCCGCUCAACGCUGAUGGUCAGCAAUUCUUACUAUGCCAUUGGGCAGUCUCAGAACAUUGUUAUUUGUUGGGACAUUAAAGAAGAGGUAGAUGCCGGAGACUGGAUUGGAAUGUAUCUCGUAGAUGAGGUGCUUUCUGAAAACUUUCUGGACUAUAAGAACCGAGGUGUCAAUGGCUCCCACAAAGGUCAGAUUGUCUGGAAAAUUGAUGCCAGCUCUUACUUUGUGGAACCUGAAACGAAAAUCAGCUUUAAGUAUUAUCAUGGAGUGAGUGGAGCUCUACGGGCCACAACUCCCAGUGUGACUGUGAAGAACCCCUCUGCUGCUGUCUUUAAACCCAUCACCAGUGAAGAAGUGGCACAGAGUCAGGGGAGUCGAAGACUGAUCAGUUUUUCUUUGUCAGAUUUUCAAGCUGUGGGAUUGAAAAAGGGAAUGUUCUUCAAUCCAGACCCUUACCUGAAGAUUGCCAUCCAGCCGGGGAAACACAGCAUCUUCCCAGCUUUACCUCACCACGGACAAGAGAAGAGAUCUGGGAUAGUCUACAACACCAUCAACCCCGUCUGGCAAAGACAGCAGUUCAGUUUCGUCUCUGUGCCCACGGAUGUGUUGGAGAUUGAAGUGAAGGACAAGUUUGCCAAAAGCCGGCCGAUCAUAAAACGCUUCCUGGGAAAGCUGUCUAUGCCAGUGCAGAGGCUCCUGGAGAGACAUGCUAUAGGGGACAGGGUCUUGAGCUACACCCUGGGCAGGAGGCUGCCAACAGAUCAUGUCAGUGGGCAGCUGCAGUUCAGAUUCGAGAUAACAUCUUCCAUUCAUCAAGAUGAUGAAGAGGUCUCAGUUAGUACUGAACCUGAAACAGCAGCUGCCCAGGAAGAUCUGGUAGAGGACUUGGAUGCAGAUCCUUGUUGCGAACCCCAAGUGGCGCAUAGCAUCAGCAUGGAGCCUGCAGUGCCAGAGCAGAUAAAUGGAUGUGAUGGAGCCUCUCUGAAUACAGGUUCCAGCAGUCCUGAGGCAGCCACUUCAAAGAAGGAAAUCAGCCAUCUGGCUGUUAGUGAAGUCCAGAGUGAAGAAAAGGAAGAAAGUGAACCAAAAGCAGAAUACACAGGUAUUCUUAGGGAUCCUACACCAAAUGGAGAGCAACCACAAUCAAACCAUCAAACAGCAUCAGAAGACCAAGAUGUAUGUGUCAACUUACAGGUGGAAAAUGAAACAGAUGAAGGUAAUACUCAGGGAGAAGAAUUGGGGGAAACCCCAUUCGAAGCUCCAGCUGAUGUGGACCACUUAGACAGCACACUAAGUCAGGCAACAGGAGAGGACAAAGGGGCAUCAGUUGAACCAAUGGGAGGCACUUUGGAGCAGGAAGAGGAAGAGGACGAGAGCAGCUCACUACGGAUGAGGACAGCUCUAAAACGGAAAAACAGACCUUGCUCGCUACCCGUCUCUGAACUAGAGACAGUCAUAGCCUCUGCCUGCGGGGAACCCGAAACACCGCGCACUCACUACAUUCGAAUUCACCAUUUACUUCACAGCUUGCCCUCGGCCCAAAUGAGCGACGAUAAUGAGGAGGACACUGUCAACCCUGAUUCAGAGGAUGUGACACUCAAGCCAAUGGAAGAGAAGGACCUAACGGAUCUAGCAGAAGAUAGUGCCUCUGAGACUCAGUCCCACAGCAUCAACUUGGACUCAGACAAUUGUGGACGAAGGACUUUACCCCGCAGCUUGUCCAUUGAGCGCCUCUCAGAUUUGAACCAGCUGUUGGAAAGUGCGCAGCCGAGGAUGGAGAGUGAGAGCGAUUCGAGUCAGAGGCCAACAGGGGAGAAUGACUGUGACAUGUGUGACACCUCCUGCUACAGCACCUCCUGCUACAGCACAUCUUGUUACAGCACCUCCUGCUACAGCAACUCGGGCUACGAGGGCGCCAACCGCUUCUCAAGCCAUACCCGUUUCUCUUCAUUGGACAGCGCUCGCAUUUCCGAGAGCACAGUCUUUUCCUCGCAAGACGACGAAGAAGAAGAGAACAGUGCCUUUGAAUCAGUUCCUGAUUCGGCGCAGAGCCUGGACCCCAAUGAUCGGGAGAGAGGUGACAGCACCACCCAGUGGCCAGACCAGACUGCCCAAGAUGGGAGUCCACAGAGUAACACUGAAAGUGGUGAAUCUCCAGUGGCAGGACCAAGCAAUAGAAUGGACGGCAAUUGUCCCUUGCCAUCCAGUCAUCCACCAGUCAACCAACUACCUGCUUUGCGGCCUGAUCCUCACCAUUACCCAACUAUUGAUGAGCCGUUGCCACCAAAUUGGGAAGCGAGGAUUGACAGCCAUGGAAGAGUGUUUUACGUGGAUCAUAUAAACCGAACCACCACCUGGAAACAGCCCACAACAGCAGCCACGCAAGAUGGGAUCCGACGGUCAAGUUCUGUACAUCAAAUGGAGCAACUGAACAGGAGGUACCAGAACAUUCAGAGGACCAUUGCAACAGAGCGAACGGAGGAUGAGGCAAGCAGUCAGACCAGCGAAAGAUCAGGGACAAGUGAAACAGAUUCAGAUUUCCCUCUGCAAACAACAGAAACAAGAAGAGAAGGGCCCUUGUCUCCUGUCAACAGUCAGAAGAUCACCCUGUUACUGCAGUCCCCAGCUGUCAAGUUUAUCACACACCCUGAGUUCUUCACAGUGCUCCAUGCAAACUAUGCUGCCUAUCGAAUGUUUACGAACAGUACUUGCCUGAAGCACAUGAUUCUGAAGAUUCGCAGGGAUGCUCGCAACUUUGAGCGCUAUCAGCACAACAGGGACCUGGUGACAUUCCUCAACAAGUUUGCUGACACUCAGCAGGAGCUGCCACGGGGCUGGGAGAUCAAAACUGACCAGCAGGGCAAGUCCUUUUUUGUGGACCACAACAGUCGAGCCACAACCUUCAUCGAUCCCAGAAUUCCUCUUCAAAAUGGCCGCUUGCCAAACCAUUUGACACACAGGCAGCAUCUACAGAGACUUCGCAGUUACAGUGCUGGAGAGGCAUCCGAGGUAUCCAGAAGUCGAGGGGCGUCUUUGUUAGCAAGACCUGGCAAUACCCUGGUAGCGGCAAUCAGGAACCAGUAUCACCAUGAUGCCGUACCUUUAGGCUAUAAUGACAAGAUAGUAGCUUUCCUUCGCCAACCCAACGUUUUUGAGAUUCUUCAGGAGAGACAGCCAAGCCUGUCCAGAAACCAUGCACUGAGGGAGAAGAUUCAUUACAUAAGAACAGAAGGUACUCACGGAGUAGAAAAGUUAUCAUGUGAUGCAGACCUGGUCAUUUUGUUAAGCCUCUUUGAAGAAGAGAUCAUGUCGUACAUCCCGCCACAUUCCUCAUUUCAUGCCGGCUUCAGCUUCUCUCCACGUUGCUCUCCGGGGUCCUCACCUCAGAACUCCCCAGGAUUGCAGAGAGCUAGUGCCAGGGCCCCUGCACCGUACCGCAGAGAUUUUGAAGCCAAGCUCCGCAACUUUUAUAGAAAGCUGGAGGCAAAGGGCUAUGGACAAGGGCCAGGAAAAAUCAAAUUGAUUAUCCGUCGAGAUCACCUGCUGGAGGGCACUUUUAAUCAGGUGAUGGCCUACUCACGCAAGGAACUCCAACGAAACAAGCUCUAUGUCUCAUUUGUGGGUGAAGAAGGCUUGGACUACAGUGGACCCUCAAGAGAAUUCUUCUUCCUGCUUUCCCAAGAAUUGUUCAACCCCUACUAUGGCUUGUUUGAGUACUCUGCCAAUGACACGUACACAGUGCAGAUCAGCCCAAUGUCAGCAUUCGUUGAAAAUCAUCUGGAAUGGUUCAGAUUCAGUGGCCGUAUCCUUGGCCUGGCGUUGAUUCACCAGUACCUGCUGGAUGCUUUCUUCACAAGACCUUUCUACAAGGCUCUGCUGAGGCUACCGUGUGACCUGAGUGAUCUGGAGUACCUUGAUGAGGAGUUCCAUCAGAGUUUACAGUGGAUGAAGGACAAUGACAUCACUGACAUCCUGGACCUAACCUUUACUGUAAAUGAGGAAGUGUUUGGACAGGUUACAGAAAGGGAGUUAAAGUCUGGUGGCGCCAAUCUGCAAGUGUCAGAGAAAAACAAAAAGGAGUACAUAGAACGAAUGGGGAAAUGGAGAGUGGAACGAGGAGUGGUUCAGCAGACAGAGGCUUUGGUUCGAGGCUUCUAUGAGGUUGUGGAUUCAAGGCUAGUGUCGGUUUUUGAUGCCAGGGAACUGGAGCUCGUUAUAGCCGGCACUGCUGAGAUUGAUUUGAAUGACUGGCGAAAUAACACUGAGUACCGGGGAGGUUACCAUGAUGGUCACAUUGUAAUCCGGUGGUUCUGGGGAACGGUGGAGCGUUUUAACAAUGAGCAGAGGCUGCGUCUGCUGCAGUUCGUCACUGGCACCUCCAGUGUUCCCUAUGAGGGGUUUGCUGCCCUCAGAGGAAGUAAUGGACUCAGGAGAUUCUGCAUAGAGAAGUGGGGCAAAAUCACCUCUCUUCCAAGGGCACACACAUGUUUCAACCGCCUGGAUCUCCCUCCCUAUCCAUCCUACACCAUGCUGUAUGAGAAGCUGCUGAUAGCUGUGGAGGAAACCAGCACAUUUGGGCUGGAGUGAAGAUCAUAGACUGAUGUCUAAUUCAAUUGUUGCCAUUACCCUUUUCAUGUUAAAAAUAUUGUCUUUUUUUUUUUUUUUUUUCUAAAUAAAUAUGUAAAUAUGUACCAGGACUGCAUCUGAAAUUGGAACCUCUGCAUGUAUUAAUCAGCUGAGAUAAUGUAUCUGCCCUGGGGGCUUGCAAAAAAUAACUUAAGUUGUAUAUGCAAUAGGAAAUAACUGUCUCCAGCCUUCUCAAAGCCUUGAGGUAACCACCAUCGAUACAACCACACAGGUUUUACUGCAAAGCAAACAUAGCUGUCCUUCACCAUCCCCUUCAAUACAACAGAACAAUGCAAGAAUUGACAUGAAAACUAUUGUGUUCUGCCUCUCGACGUGACCCACCAUUCAAACACCCCAAUCUGUCCACCAUUACCCAAUGUUUUGCAGAUUGACAAAAAAAAAAAAAAAAAACUUUUACUGUGGAAUUAUUUUGUACAGUACAUUUAAGAAAUGGAAGAUUUCUUUUAUCGAUUUUUUUUUUGUUUAAUAAACUAUUGCUUUAUACACCUUUCAGUCACGUCAGCCAAAACCUUCUGUGGCAGUAAAAUACCAAGAGGUCAUGUUACUCAUUAGAGAAUAUGUACCCUUUCUACCAUGCAAUGAAGUGGCCUGUAGCUUGCGCUUCGGCAGUCCAGUGGAUAUCUUUGUGUUAGUUGUAGUAGAAGCACAAGAUCUGCAAAUCCAUCUCAUUGUCAAACAUUAUAGGCAAAUGCAUAUGUUUGAUAAUAAUGUUACAAUUUGGUUAUUAGGAUUUGUUUUAUUUAUUUAUUUAUUUAUUUGUGUGUUUACUUCCUUUUCCUGCAAAUGACUGAAAAUGUCUUAUUAAAUAUCAGAAGCCAUUUUUUUAUUUUUGAAAGAAUGAUCUCCCUUUAGUGUACAGCCUUUGUUUUUAGAUUUCAACCCAUUCAGUUUUCUUUAACUAUAGUACUCUCAGCAGGCCAUUCUUGUAGUCCAUUGGUGGUGCCAGACAGACUAGAGGCCGGCUAGUGUCCGGGCCCAGGUGAAAACUGUAUUGUGUUUUCUGAAUGCUGUAAUUGGAAUAAUUGUUUUGUAAAUUAUGUAACAAAGAAAUUGACAUUCUAUAGGAAAAAAAAAAAAACCCUGAAUAAUUUCAUGUUGGGGUUAUCAUUAAUUCUACGUUGGUUUACCCUACAAUGUUAAAAAGUAUGUUGUUCGGCAAAAAAGCUUUCAUCUUAUUUCAGAGGUGAAAUGUCAAGAAAAGUCAGAAGAAAAUGACUCAAGAAAAAAAAGUAAUUUCUUUGUAACGCUAGCUACAGUUGUUUGGCUAUUGGACAGUUUAUAAAUCUAGAAACGCAUACAUUUAUGAACAGGGAAUAUAGAUUAUGCACAGAUAUUUAAUUAAUCCAUUGCCAUAUCUGCUUGUUUGUGGCAUUGAAAAUGAGGGCCUGUUAGAAUCAGGGAUACGGCAUCUUGGAGCCUCUUUGACAAACUGUAUAAAAAUCUUAGCCACGGAACACAAUGACAAGAAGGUGUCCGAAUAGUUCCAAUAUAAUGUAAACAAUGUUCUCCUUAGAUAAAAACAGCUAAGCGUUUGAGAAACUGAAUAUAAAAUAUCUGCCCAAACUUGUUGCCAUCGAAUUUGUGUUGUAUUUAUUCAUUUAUCUGUUGUUUGUGUGUUUGUUUUCUACUGAUAUUAUCCUUUCACACACAAUUCAGACAUGUAAAUAACAGUAAGAACAUUAAUAACAUUUCAAUCAAGUUCCUGCAGAGUUGUUGUAGAAUGUAAUGUAGAAGUGUUUUUAUUGAAGUUGUGUUUAAAAGAUAUCCCAACAGGAGGAUUCUGGUUCUCUUCCCAUCCCCUUUUCACCUGCAUUGUGUGUAAACCAUGUCUAGAUAAGGUACUGUUUUCAGAAGAACUGGGUGCAUUAUCCAAAAUGAGCUUCAUGUUCAGUGUUAAACAACAGAUUUAAAUUGACUUGCAGAUUUCCACAUUUGAUUUUUUUAUGAGAUUACCCCCGCUGGUUUCUUAACAAGGGUGAACUCACGCAAUGGCUGAUUUGCUUUGUUUUAAUAACAGGUCACUUACUUCUCAGGCCGUGCUUUCUAUUUAAUCAUAUCAUUGUAGAGGAAUGUCAAUAAACUAUCACUUUGUUAUGC